UAGGAAUUUCCGGUUACGUCAGGGCGUGAGGACUCCAUUAGAGCUGCAGCUGUUUGGAGAGAAACAACAACAAAAACGGGCGAACUGUCAGGGCCGCCGGAGUGACAGUCCGUCCACAGCCCGACAACGAGCCCUCAAACCUGGAAGCGCAACCUCCAUUUCCCACCCGGAGCUCCGCCGGCUUCUAACCACGGCCGCUCUCGGUGAGGAAACUCUGGCCUCCGCUUCCUCCUCCUCCGACUCGGACACCGGCGGUGCGUCGCCGCCCCCGCGGAAGAAGCACCGAGCCUCGGCGGCGGAGGGAGCAGGAGAGCCCGGGGCUUCAGCAGUUGUGACAGGCCUCUCCGGAGUUGCCCUAGGACUUGCUUCGCACUCCCCGCACUCUCAAGCCACCUCCGCCAUCCAGUUCAACCGAAGCGUCGUCAACAUCCUCAGCGGCAGCAUGCAGGCAAACGGGGCAGGACAGGGACAAGAAUCCUCGGAGCUUUCCUGCCUGAACAGCGCACAAAACGGGGAGUCAUCCACGGCCGGCGGAAGCCACUCCAACGGUCUGCUCUCCAGCACAGACAACGGGAACAGUGUCGGUACCAGUAACGGGUCCUCGAGUGGGCCCGGUUCGGGGACUUCGUCUGCCUCCACGACUUCGGCCUCCGAGGUCGGUUCGCUGAAGAAGAAGAAACGACUCUCGCAGGCGGAGGAAGAUGUCAUACGAUUAAUAGGGCAACAUCUCCACGGACUGGGGCUAAAUCAGACAGUGGACCUGCUGAUGCAGGAGUCAGGCUGCAGACUGGAACAUUCGUCGGCUACCAAGUUCCGCAACCAUGUCAUGGAGGGGGAAUGGGACAAGGCUGAGAAUGAUCUCAACGAGCUGAGAGCACUGAUGCAUUCUCCCAAUGCUAUUGUGCGUAUGAAGUUCCUACUGCUGCAGCAGAAGUACCUGGAGUAUCUGGAGGAUGGCAAAGUCCUGGAGGCUCUGCAGGUGCUGCGGGGAGAGCUGACGCCUCUCAAGUACAACACAGAUCGCAUCCACGUUCUCAGCGGGUACCUAAUGUGUAGCCACGCUGAGGAUCUGAGGGCCAAGGCGGAGUGGGAGGGCAAGGGCACCGCUUCACGCUGCAGACUGCUGGACAAAUUACAAACAUACCUGCCACCGUCUGUGAUGCUGCCCCCGCGGCGGCUGCAGACCCUGCUGCGGCAAGCAGUGGAGCUGCAGAGGGACCGCUGCCUGUAUCAUAACACCAAGAUGGACAGUAACCUAGACUCAGUCUCUCUCCUCCUCGACCAUGUCUGCAGCAGGAAGCAGUUCCCCUGUUACACACAGCAGAUUCUGACCGAGCACUGUAAUGAGGUGUGGUUCUGCAAGUUCUCAAACGAUGGCACCAAACUAGCCACUGGCUCCAAAGAUACCACUGUCAUAAUAUGGCAAGUGGACCCGGAGAGCCACCAGUUGAAGCUGCUGAGAACCCUCGACGGUCACGCAUAUGGAGUCUCCUACUUAGCCUGGAGUCCUGACGACACCUAUCUGAUCGCCUGUGGACCUGACGACUGCUCCGAGCUCUGGCUCUGGAAUGUGCAGACGGGGGAGCUGCGGAACAAAAUAUCCCAGUCCCAUGAAGACAGUCUGACCAGUGUGGCCUGGAACCCUGAUGGCAAACGUUUCGUCACUGGGGGACAGAGGGGGCAGUUUUAUCAGUGUGACCUAGAUGGUAACUUGUUGGACUCCUGGGAGGGCGUAAGAGUACAGUGCCUGUGGUGCCUGAGUGAUGGCAGGACAGUGCUGGCGUCGGACACCCACCAGCGUAUCCGGGGUUACAACUUUGAGGACCUUACGGACAGAAACAUAGUUCAAGAGGACCACCCUAUUAUGUCUUUUACUGUUUCAAAGAAUGGAAGAUUAGCUUUGUUAAAUGUAGCAACUCAGGGAGUACACCUGUGGGACCUUCAGGACAGGGUGCUGGUGAGAAAGUAUCAAGGUGUGACCCAGGGCUUCUACACCAUCCACUCAUGCUUUGGAGGACACAAUGAAGCCUUCAUAGCAAGUGGCAGUGAAGACCACAAAGUGUACAUCUGGCACCGGCGUGGCGAGCUUCCCAUUGCUGAGCUAACAGGCCACACACGCACAGUAAACUGUGUGAGCUGGAACCCGGCCAUCCCAGGACUCAUUGCUUCCGCCUCAGACGAUGGCACAGUGCGUAUCUGGGGUCCUGCGCCGUUCCACGACUCGCAAGAGGCGGACGGACUCAACGAGAACUGCAGUAACAUGGACAGUUGAUGGUCACUCAUGGAGCAAAUAACAUCUCUCUUUGACAACAAUCCAAGAAUCCCACAGUGAAACGAAAUCUAAACUGGCAAAUAAAAUCCAACAAUGGAAGCAAAGUCAAGACACAACAAAAGCCACCAAGACAAAAGAGAAAACAAAAAGCGAGAAAAACUCGUCUCCUGACUGGCCUAGACAAAAUGGUGGAGGUGAUGAUGGACACUCUGAAAAUUCAAGUCCUCAUCCAAAACUUGAUCUUGACCCAGAGGCCUGGAAACUCCAGUCAGUGCCCGUCGGGAAUGCGGCCGCCAUCCAGUGGCGUUUUGACAGGCUGUUCUCCUCCCUCAACUAACCCUCCUCCCCUCCCCUGUCUCGCUGCAUGGUCACCUGCCAUGCUAGUUCCUCUUAGAGUUUCCCAGGAAACCCACCUCCACCUUGAGCUCGGCACACAUCAAGUUCCUGUGACACCGCCAGACUGACAUGGCAGACCAACCAUCUACCUAUUGGACUGCAUUUGUCUGCCUGUUUUGUCUCACGUUACCUGUAAAAUGUCUCAAUGGACAUGGGUGGGGGGUUUUCAGGGCAGGAUGAUGCGUAGGGGGAUAUAGCAACUUCUGUAUGUAUUCCCCCCCUCCCUUUUUUGCUAUAUUCUUCACAUUGUUGGACAAAGGCCGAAAAUCCACAGUUAAAAAACAAAAACUGACCGACCAGCUGACAAAGAACACAAAAACAAGGCUAUGCUUAAAUGUUGGAAAUUUAUUUUAAUGAUAGUCAUAGCAUUUAUUCUCAUUUAAGAGGUGAAUCUUAGCUCGAGUAGUGCCCUUGGAAAGCUUUAGCUUGAAGAUUCCACUUUCUGUUUCUCGACAUUAGGAAAACAAAACUUUUUAUUCCUUAAUUUAACUCCUAACACGGACAGUCGCUGCAAUGUUUCCAACUUGACAGCCCCCCUCCACCCCAAAUAAAAAAAAAAUCUCCUCUGUCAAGCUAGCUACCGCACAACUUCAUUACAUUUGCCUAAGAGGAGACGGACAGAGGGAUUACAGGUCACAUAUCAGCAGUGAGGGAGGGUGCAGACGUUAUACAGUCGCUAUGAUCCCUUCUCAAAAGACAUGCAAGGGUUCGAGUGCAAUUUCAAUUGCAGGCCGGUGACUGCUGUCCCUCUGUGUGUGAGUGAGAGUGUGAGUGCAAGAGUUUAUGCAUACACACAUUAAUGUGAGAGACGACCUUUGUGGGCGCAGGUUUAAUUGGCUCGUGUGUUUUUGUAUGUGUUCAAUUCACACCAGCAGAAAAUACUCGCCCCUACCCCCUACGCUCCUAUAAUCCCAUAGUAAAAUUGUAAAGAGGAUUUUAAACUGAUUCUAAGUUAUCCAAAGCCCCGUAAGGACCUCUAUCUGUGGAACAAAGAAUACUUGAGAGCCAUUUUGUAAAAGAAAAACUUUUUUUAAUCUGGGGCUUUGUUUUUUACAUUUGUUUGGCUUUUCUCCUUAACCAUGUGGCAUUCAAACAGCACUGAGUUAUUGGCAUCCAAUCAUCUUUGUGGGGAGAAAUUUAAGAAAGAGCAAUUUGGUCGAGGCAUGUUUAAAAAAAAAAAAAAAAAAAGAA